CGGGGCCGCCGGCACGAGCGCGCGUGUGAUGCGCCGCUGACAUGGCCGGCACUCGGCCACUCGUGGCCGUCUGGUUCUGCUGGUGGUGGCUGAGGCACGCGGCCGCCACCGAGCUAGACCUGUUGGCCGCGCUGUCUCUACAGAACACAUCACGGCCUGGAGUCACCGUCGUGCCUGGCAUGCAACCACAGAGGGCUGCUUACACCUUGCAAGGAGACACGCGGUCGUUACAAGUAGAGGGAGCACCAUUCGAGCGAGCAGCUGAACUCUUGCGACGUUCCCCAGAGUUCACGCUUCUUGCUGCUCUGCGACAGGACCCAGCCAACUCUGGCACAAUUUUAUCGUUCUCUCACGGCUUUAACAGGUACCUGGAGGUGCAGUCCAGCGGACGGAGGGAUGAGGUGCGCCUGCACUACGUGGCGGCGGGAGGUACGGCACCUCGCAUCGAGACCUUCCCAUUCCGAUUGGCGGAUGGCGCCUGGCACCGACUGGCGCUAGCGGUGUCCGGCGCGCAGGCAACGCUCUUUGUGGACUGCCAUCCACUCUACCGCCGCCUCAUUCCGCCGCCCGAUAGGAAUUUCACACAGCCGCAACUCGCUCUCUGGGUCGGGCAAAGAAAUAGCAAACAUUCUUUGUUUAAGGGAACACUACAAGACGUGAGGUUGGUGUCUGGGCCUCAUGGGUACCUAGUUCAAUGUCCAGGUUUAGAUUCUGAAUGUCCUACCUGUGGUCAAUUCGCAUUACUACAGGCUACAGUUCAAGAGUUAACUUCACAUAUUCAUGAUCUUUCACUCAAGUUGGUGGGCACUGAGGCCCGGCUGGCGCGGUUGGAGCAGUGUGACUGCCAGAAGUCAUGCUACUCCAACGGCACAGUACACGCAGAUGGCGCCACUUGGCAGAAGGACUGUAAUCGCUGCUCAUGCGUGCAUGGAGAGAUAACGUGUAGGCCGGUGGAGUGCGACAGGGCGGAAUGUAAGAACCCAGUACUACACCCGGGGGAAUGCUGUCCUACUUGCUUGAGACAAUGCCUCCUUAAAGGCACAUUAUAUGAGCACGGCGAACGUUUCGCGCCAAAGGAAUGCGCGGAAUGCGUAUGCCACGAUGGCAACAUGCAGUGUACAAGGGUCGACCCGGACACCGCCUGUCCGCCCUUACCCUGCGACCCACCUGAUCAGUUCACUGUGCCUGGCGAAUGCUGCAAGUUUUGUCCAGGCGUGGACUACUGCAGCAUGGGUCACUCGUGUGACGAGAACGCGACGUGUAUGAAUCUCAAUACUAAAUAUACUUGCAAAUGUAAUCAAGGCUUUCAAGGAGACGGACUUUCUUGUGCAGACGUGGAUGAAUGUCAGCAAGCGGGCGGUUUGUACGGUCACCACUGCCACUCGAACACACGGUGCGUUAACGUGGUAGGUGGGUACGUAUGCCAAUGCCUGCCUGGGUACACGCGACGCGACAAAUUCAACUGCGUAGAAGUCGACGAGUGUGCGAGCGAGACGCACUCAUGCCACGCAGACGCAGUGUGUGCGAACACGCCAGGUUCCUAUUCAUGUCAAUGCAGAGAGGGAUAUAGUGGCGAUGGAUAUCUUUGUACUCCAAUAUGCACGGGUGGAUGUCUGAACGGCGGUGUUUGCUCGGGUCCAGAGCGAUGCGUGUGUGCGCGUGGCUUUGGCGGGUCUCGGUGUGAGCGCGACGUGGACGAGUGCGCUCCCCCCGCGCACCCGGCAGCCCACGCGCCCUGUGUGCCGCGCGCUGCGUGUGUCAACACGCCGGGUUCCUAUUACUGCGUAUGCCGGGACGGCUAUCGGCGCGACCCACAUAGAGAUCAUUGUGAAGAUGUUGAUGAAUGUUUGGAAGGAUUCCACACUUGUCACCCGAGUGCGCGUUGUGUCAACGUGGAUGGGAGCUUCCGUUGCGAAUGUGAUACACAACCCUGUGAACUUAGCUGUUCGUGGCAAGGCAAUAUAAUACCGGACGGGACUCGGUGGGCGGAAGCGGGCGGAUGCCGCACGUGCUCGUGCGUGGGCGGAGUCGCUUCGUGCACGCGCGCACUCUGCUCCUGUGAUACAGACAAUACCUCACUACCGAUGGACAGCGAGAGCCUAGCUCCGUCGUCGUGUUGCCCGCACUGCGAGGCACGGUUCCACUGUCGUCAUCAGGAGAUGCAUCACGUCACUUUCCGAAGCGGCGAGCGCUGGCUCUACCAGUGCCAGAUCUGCGAAUGCCUCCUGGGCGAGGUGGACUGUUGGGAGCCGCAGUGCUCGGAGGGGGGCGGGUGCUGCGGGGCGCGGGGGGAGUGGCGGGCCUCGACGCAUCUCGAUCUGCCCGGCUGCGCACCGCACUGCGCGUGCACGGGCGGGCAGUGCGCCGCUACUCUGGUGAGCAAUCUCGCGUGUUGUGUGCAUCGAGCGCGUCGCUCGCUGACGGCGGCGCUGGCCCUCGCGGCGCUGUGGCUCGGCCGCGCGCCUCGGCCGCACCGCAAGCAUCGCGGCGCGCGGCGCUAGAGCCGCCCUGACCACCACGCACACCUUAUUUAUUCUAGAUAGAUCUAAUGUUAACCAAUUGCCGCGCUCUCGGCCUCGACUCGGCGACCGCGCCCGCCGCGCCGUCCGCUCGCAUCGAACGUUUCAUCCUCGUAGCAAUAUUGUAGUCCUAGAUCCGACAUUAGACGCUCCCGCCUUUCGUUGCGAGGGGGCGGCCGGCGCCUCGGCCCGUCGCGCGCGCGCAUGCGUGACGGCCGAGAGGGACGAACGUCGCGACGGCCCGACGCCGCAGACCGCGUUCGCCUCCGCGCGUUCCUUCCCGCGUCUUCGAAUUCUAAAUUAUCGCGUGCGAUCGCUUAUAUUAUACUAUUAUUAAUUAGACUUGUACCGGUACCGUGUAGCUGUUGUGACUCGGAACGCGCGGGGGCGCGGGGCGGCGGGCGCGAGGCCUAACGUAUCUCGAUGUGUAUAAAGUUUGUAAAUAAGAUUUCGCACAGAUCUCGCCGCCACUCGUGCUACCGUUGCCCAUGUUGUAAGAAAUAUUUCGUAAUAUAUUAUUAUAGUUUAUGUUUGUCUUUGUAUAAAGAUGGUCGUUUUCAUGAAUAAUUUUAAAUAAACCAAAAAUAGGUACCAAAUAUAGAAAAGAUAUGAUUGUUUCUUAAUUUCAUAAAGCAUUUUGAUGCUUGCAUGUUGUAUUGUGUUCAAAAAAUUACAAUUAAAAGAUAUCCACAUA